CUCACUCUGUCUUUACUUUAGGAGAAGUCUGUAUUUUAUUUUGAAGGAGAAAGACUCUGUCUCUCUAAACUCUACGAACCCUCUUCGUUCAGUUCAACACUCUCUAAUGAUUUCUUCUUCUUCUUUCUACCAUUGCUCAUUGCUCACCUUUACACGACCUACUCUGGAUCUCAGGAGAAUGUUGACGUCCACAAGUUUGGGACAAACCGUGUAGGACCAGCGAACCAUAAUAAAGCACUAUGUGGGUCUGGUGAUCAUCAGACAGGCAGAAGACCCUUUGCAGAAUAAAGUGUUUGCCUUUUACAAGGAGAAAAACAGAGACUCAGACCUGUACAGCGGAAUGUGGCUCCCCUUCGUCUCACAGGUUUGCAUGGCAGACAGGGGCGGUCCCAAGAGACACAUGCAGUAUAUCUGGACGUCGCAGAUGAACGCCAGGCUCUUCUGCGGAGAUCCAGACAGCAAGCAGCACUUCUCUGAGCUGGUCCACGUGGCUGCUGUGCGCACAGAGCGCUGGCAGGACUCCAGGGUUUAUGCACUCUUCAAGAAUGAAUGGGGGAUGAGCGCUGUGUGUGUCUACAGGGUGAAGGACUUUCACAACAUCUUUACCAACUCUCCAUUUAAAGGCGGCAGCACGGGCGGCCAAGUCAACAGGCCCAGAGCAGUACGUGAGGUCAAAGGAAAAAAAAAACAUGAAAUCUUAAGAGUUUGGGAACUUUUGGGCUCAAGGAUGGACAGAUUGGACUGGAGGUGGACAAAGGUUACAGUGACCUCACCUCCAAUCCACUUCUCAUGAGAAGAAAUCUGAGGAACGUGGGGAGGGAAUUUGAUUACAGCUGCUUUGUUUCUACUUUGUUUAUCUGCCGCCCUCAGCUCCUUCUGCUGUCGGGAGAAAAGAAUAGAAUAGAAUAGAUGUUUAUUGCCAUUUGCACAGGUACAGGACAGCACA